AUGUCCAUCGCCAAGACAGUCCUUCACAAGUUUGUUGGCUACCUGGAGGCGCAGGCCUCGGAGCUGAUCUGGAAACCUCGGUGCUCCGCGACGAUCGCGUGGGAACAAAGCCAGGGCAUCUCUGCCAAGGACAAGACAUCCAAAUACACAGGCCCCCGAGGUGACUGGAGUCAAGGAUACGGUUACAUCACGCACGAUGGUUUCUCUCUGGAGACAUUACCUUCUACACAACGGGGUAUUGGUUUUAUGGUCGAUUCGACGGAUUAUGCUAGGAUCGGGGAAGCCAAGGAGGCGUUGUGGGGAGGUUUUGCAGCAUGA